CUGUUUUAGUAAUCCAAGUACAAAAUUUCGCUUCCGAUUCCGCUGGAACUCACACUGUCUCUCUCACUUCUAAUAUGAUGUCAAGCAGCAAUAGAGACAGAGAAGACCCACUCUCCUUCGCCGUCUCCGCCGCCACCAAUAACCCCUCUUCCGCCUCCUCUCCUGCCACACAGUCUGACCCACUAGACAGUUUUCUUAUAGACCCACCUACCCAUAUCAGCAGUGCCCCUGCAAGCUUUCAGAACGAGGGGUUUCUUGGGGAAAACACUGUCAGUAGCAGUGAUGCAGAAUUCGGAUUUACGAGGCCAGACUUUCGCUCGAGUCAGCUAGUCGGGUCGGUGCAGUACUACGAGAGACAUGUGUUCUUGUGUUACAAGAAUCCCUCUGUUUGGCCGCCUCGAAUCGAGGCCGCGGAGUUUGAUCGGUUGCCGAGGCUUCUCUCUGCUGCUGUAUUGGCUCGUAAAGGUGAUAUGAAGAAAGAGACUCGCUUGACAAUAUGUGAGGGACAUGAUGGGACUGAGACUUCAAAUGGUGAUGUAUUGAUCUUUCCAGACAUGAUCAGAUACAGGAGAUUGACACACUUUGAUGUGGACACGUUUGUCGAAGAAGUACUUGUGAAGGAAGGAGAAUGGCUUCCUGGAACUCCUGAAGCGCUUAAGGGAUCAUAUGUUUUUGUAUGUUCUCAUGGGUCCCGGGAUCGUCGCUGUGGUGUUUGUGGACCUCCUCUUGUUAGAAGAUUCAGGGAAGAGAUAGAAUUGAAUGGCCUUCAAGGUAAAGUAUCUGCAAGUCCAUGCUCACACAUCGGGGGGCAUACGUACGCCGGAAAUGUCAUUAUAUUUGGAUCUAGUAUCAAUGGAGAAGUAACUGGCCACUGGUAUGGAUAUGUUACCCCAGACGAUGUGCCUAUGUUGCUUGAGCAGCACAUAGGGAAAGGAGAAAUUGUAGACUGGUUAUGGAGGGGUGAGAUGGGUCUAUCAGAAGAACAGCAGAUCAAAUGCCAAGAAACAAUGCUCCAAUUAAACAGCAAAACUCGUGCAGAGAAAAGCGUCGGAGACUUGGAGCAAAACCAGACGGAUGAGUUGAAUCCGGCUGUCUGCAGGAUGCAAGACGAGGUUGAUGGCUGUUGCCAGGAAAAUGGUAACUCUUGUUGUCAGAAUAAUGUUAAAGGGAAGACAAAUGAUGAAGAUGUCGGUGAUAGGGCCGUAAAAGUCAUCAAAACUGAAAAGAGGAAACUGGUUUCCGGGAUUAAUGGCCGCAAAGGGGCAUCUGUGCACAAAGUCUGUCGGAUGCCAACAUGGAUAGAGAGCUGGGAGCGUGAAGAUACAUAUGCGGCUCUUGCUGUUGCUUGUGCAGCCGUCUCAGUGGCCGUUGCCUAUAGCUGCUAUAAGAAGUUGCCGUAGACGAUAGUACCUGAUAUCUGUUGUAUUAGUAUCAUAGGUUACAGAACCCCAGCCUUCUGUCUCCAUUGAUUUGAACAAUAUGAUGAACUAUUGUAUGCAUCUUUUAUAUCACAUCUUAAUGUAUUUUGAAGGUGAAAGGGCUUGAUAGGCUGGACUCUUUAUGAUUGAUUCUAAACCCAAAGCUUGUUGUCAAUGGCAUCUGGUGUUCUUUUGAGCCCUAAAUUUUUGGUAUCA